CCCGAUAAGCCAUUAUCAACAGCACCGAUUCGAUUUUCUUUAAUAAUAAUAUAGAUCUUUAUUCUGUAUCUGUAGACUGUAAUAGUUUAAUGUUUACACUACCAAGUGCACUCACGACUUACAAAAAUACAGAAUAAAUAUAUGUAAUCCGUCCUGUGGUGCAGUACCGCACUGUAUACAAAUCGUAAUAUAUAAUAUAUUAAUAUUAUAUACAUUAGAUUAGGUUAAGAUGAACCGCUUUUAAAUUUUCAUUCGAUAUACUUCGUUAAAAACAUGCAAAAAUACGAAAAGCUUGAUAAGAUCGGGGAGGGCACUUACGGUACAGUGUUUAAAGCCAAAAACCGUGAAACUCUAGAGAUUGUUGCAUUGAAACGCGUGAGACUGGAUGAUGACGAUGAGGGUGUUCCCUCGUCGGCUCUGCGUGAAAUAUGUUUGCUAAAGGAGUUGAAACACAAGAAUAUUGUACGACUAUAUGAUGUUCUUCAUAGUGAUAAAAAAUUGGUACUCGUCUUUGAACACUGCGAUCAAGACUUGAAAAAAUAUUUCGAUAGUUUGAAUGGAGAAAUCGAUCCUAAUGUUGUGAAAUCAUUCAUGUACCAACUAUUACGCGGAUUAGCAUUUUGCCAUAGUCAUAAUGUCUUGCAUCGAGAUCUUAAACCACAGAAUCUUCUUAUAAAUAAGAACGGAGAAUUGAAACUAGCUGAUUUUGGCUUGGCCAGAGCAUUUGGAAUACCAGUUAAAUGUUACUCUGCAGAAGUUGUUACUUUAUGGUACAGGCCUCCUGACGUUCUGUUUGGUGCUAAACUUUACACAACGUCUAUUGAUAUGUGGUCUGCUGGAUGUAUAUUUGCUGAGUUAGCCAAUGCUGGGAGACCUCUAUUUCCUGGUUCAGAUGUAGAUGAUCAAUUGAAACGGAUAUUUAAACUUUUGGGAACACCUACUGACGAGACAUGGCCUAACAUGACAACUUUGCCUGACUUCAAGCCAAUGCCGAUGUAUCAGCCCAAUAUGACACUCGUACAGGUAGUACCUAAAUCAACAACGAAAAUGAGAGAUUUAUUACAAAGACUUCUGGUAUGCAAUCCAUCGCAUAGAAUAUCAGCAGAACAAGCAAUGAGUCAUAUAUACUUUGCAGACAUAAAUUUAUUACCAAAAUAA